AUGUUGCGGAGCGCUCUUGUGCCAGCCAAAGAGGCUUUAAACAACCAGUGUGUCGUGAGAUCGUUCGUUGCUUGUUGCAACAAUCUGAAGGUACAGAAACGCGAUCAGUCCACGACCCAAGUUAGAGAUCAAUCUACACAACCUGCAACUGCUUCUUCUACAGAGGUGGCCGCCCAGAAGCGCAAACCCUAUUCUCCGUUUCAAAACACGAACAAUGUUGCAGAAUAUGCCCUGGCCAGACUCGACGAUCUGCUCAAUUGGGGCAGAAAGGGCUCGGUUUGGCCUCUUACUUUUGGCUUGGCUUGUUGUGCUGUUGAGAUGAUGCACAUUGCUGCCCCAAGAUAUGAUAUGGACAGGUAUGGUGUCGUAUUCCGUGCGUCACCACGUCAAGCUGACUGCAUUAUCGUAGCAGGAACUUUAACCAAUAAAAUGGCUCCUGCCCUAAGAAAGGUUUACGAUCAAAUGCCAGAGCCCAGAUGGGUUAUAUCGAUGGGCAGUUGUGCCAAUGGUGGCGGAUAUUAUCAUUAUUCCUACUCUGUGGUUCGAGGUUGUGAUCGCAUCAUCCCAGUAGAUAUCUACGUACCUGGCUGUCCGCCAACUGCCGAAGCAUUGAUGUACGGUGUUUUGCAGCUGCAGAAAAAGAUCAAGAGAUACAAUACCGUGCAAAUGUGGUACCGCAAGUAGUUUGUUACAUCAAAGCCGAUAGCAAACUAAGGAUUAAAUUAUGUAAAUAUGACAACUUAA